UUGCGAAAUAGCCGGACCCGCUUUUUGAUCCACCAUUGAUCGAUUCAGCAAACAACAGCCUAGUUUCCGAGAGAUAUUCACCCGUGUUGGGGCAACGACGUGGAUUGCGGUCCCCCAUGAUGUGGUCAUGUUGUGCAGACAUUGUCGUUGCUAAUACUGCAGACAACUGGGUAGAGUAAGCGUUCAGUUGUGUACUGUAUGUUAAGCGUCUCGGUGUGACGGACGGUUGGAGGCAUGGCGGUAGCCGUGUUGCAGGUUCUGUCAGCCUUGGUAGUCCUGUCAGGACUGGCACAGGGAGGACCCGAGUAUGUGGCUGUGUUCCGUUACCCCGACGAGGCGGAGUUGGACGCCCGAUCUGAAAACUGUAUUAUUUGUUCAAGAACGCCAGUGUAUAGAAGCGGGGUAGUAUUCAGGGCUGCUAAUGACGGAGACGUCAUUGUGCUGGACUUCGUCUCUGUGGCAAUGGAGACGUCCAACUGUGGGUCACACUAUAUCCAUGUAUACGAUGGAACGGAUUACGACGCGCCUCUUCUUGAGACGGUGUGUGAUUCCCAGAAGAUUAAAGUGAGAAGCACCGGGUCAACAAUGGCCUUGUACUACACUUAUUGGGACUUCCACUCCUCUUUCAGAUUAAAGUAUUACAGUUAUGAAGGUCCAAAUUCAUCCUCAUCAUCGUUACCGGCUUCUACCAUCGUCGGCAUCGUUGUAGGUGCCAUUGUAGUCGUCAUAAUCCUAGCAGCAGUUGGAGUCUGUCUGUCAAAAAAGAACGACCGAAAAACAAACCGCCAAAGAAACCGAAACAGGAACAGCCGCAUCGGACCCAUGCCAAGUGCACCACCAGCAGCUGCAACAGUGGGACGGCCUGGGUUGUCUUACCCCCUCAACUACACUAACCACGCCCCCUCAGACAACCACCAACCCUCGCCUUUCGAGAAGGCAGCGAUACAAGGCUUGCAGAGCUAUAAUGUUCCUCCCCCUGCAUUUAGCUACAACGCCCCACCUCCUUAUGAUCAACAUGCAUCGUAUCCUCAUUAAUCAGGUGUGCGUGCGUGUGUGUAGGUGUGGGACUGGGGGGAAAGGGGUGGCACAGGCCCUCGUG